AUGUUCGCGCGAAUCCUCCUCCGCAAGUCCACAGACCGUGACCCCCGCGAAACGAAGAUGACUGCCGCCGUUCCGCCCCCAGCUGCUCGCAAGCAGCCACCGAGUAUCGACGACAUUCUCAAGGCCAAGCGCGAGAAAGAAGCGGCUGCCGCAAAGCCCAAGUUCAUACCGAAGGCCGAGAGAGAGCGCAUCGCGCUUGAGAAGCGCCAGAAAGAAGUUGAAGAGGCGCAAAAGAGGCGAGAGGCUUCGAACGGAGACAGCGACGCAUGGAGACAUUCGCAAGACAACAAUCGCACAAAUGGCCACAACGGCCACAACGGCUCGUCCUCAUUCGUACCCACGGGGCCGCGCUCGAUGCGCGAUGCGCCGACUGGACCAUCGUCCAUGCGAAACGAUCGCAGAAAUGGAGACAUGGCGCCUCCUCCACCGCCGGACAAGAAGGGCAACAAGCGCCCUGCUGACGACACCGAGGCGGCCUUGAUAAGGCAAAGAUACAUGGGCGCGGAACAAAAUCAGUCGACGUUCUCGGCCAAGAAAAAGCGCAAGAGGACGACGGAAAAGAAGUUCAACUUCGAGUGGAACGAGGAAGAGGACACGAGCCACGAUUACAAUCCCAUCUACCAGCAGAAAGCUGAAGCAAGCUUCUUUGGGCGCGGCCGACUAGGCGGCUUCUCUGAGGAAGUCACCAGCGCAGCGACAAAGAAGAUGAUCGAUGCAAUUAUUGAGCGAGAUCCGGAACAUGGCAGAGAACGAGCUGAGCAGCUGCUUGAAAUGGAGCGACGGCGGAAAGACAGGGGCGGUCGCGCACAGUUGGACAUGCACUGGAGCAAGAAGAAGCUGGAGAACAUGCGAGAGCGCGACUGGCGCAUCUUCAAGGAAGACUUUAGCAUUGCUACCAAAGGAGGCGCAAUACCGAACCCUAUGCGCAACUGGGGUGAGUCAGGGCUUCCGGAGAAGCUCCUGCGCAUCGUGGACGAGGUCGGCUACUUUGAGCCCUCACCUAUUCAACGUGCGGCUAUACCUAUUGCUCUGCAGUGUCGCGACCUGAUCGGAGUCGCUGCAACGGGUUCGGGUAAAACCGCCUCCUUCGUCCUGCCACUGCUUGCCUACAUCUCACAACUACCUCCUCUCGACGCGUUCAACCGACACGAUGGCCCGUAUGCCCUCGUCCUCGCACCAACUCGUGAACUGGCUCAGCAAAUCGAAGUGGAGACCCGCAAGUUCGCAUUACCAUUAGGUUUCAAGACCGCUGUCCUCAUCGGUGGUCACUCCAUCGAGGAACAGUCGUUCCAGAUGCGUGACGGAGCCGAGAUUAUCAUUGCCACGCCCGGUCGUCUGGUUGACUGCAUUGAGCGUCGAGUCCUUGUUCUUAGCCAAUGCACUUAUGUCAUCAUGGACGAAGCUGACAGGAUGAUUGACAUGGGUUUCGAAGAGCCCGUUAAUAAGAUUCUCGACGCUCUACCUGUCAACAACGAGAAGCCUGAUAGCGAAAUUGCUGAAGACCCCACUGCCAUGAAAGCAGGAAUGUACCGUCAAACCAUGAUGUACACAGCUACUAUGCCGCCAGCUGUAGAGAGAAUCGCGAAAAAGUAUACACGUCGUCCUGCCAUCGUUACAAUCGGUAACCAGGGCGAGGCUUCCGACACUGUCGAGCAGCGUGUCGAGUUCGUCCAGGGAGAGGAGAAGCGGAAGAGGCGUCUCCAAGAAAUCUUGAAUACUCGCGAAUUCGCCCCACCGAUCAUCGUCUUUGUCAACAUCAAAAAGAAUUGCGAUGCGAUCGCUCGCGACAUCAAACAUAUGGGCUUCGCAUCGGCUACAAUCCACGGUGGAAAGACCCAGGACCAGCGUGAGGCUGCUCUUGCAUCCCUCAAGAAUGGGCAGAUCCAGGUGCUCGUCGCCACAGACGUGCUCGGUCGUGGUAUUGACAUUCCAGAUGUUUCCCUGGUUGUCAACUUCAACAUGCCACCUAGUAUCGAAACGUAUACGCAUCGCAUUGGUCGUACUGGUCGAUUGGGAGCGGACUCUGACAAGCCCGGUGUUGCAAUCACUUUCUGGGGUAAUGAAGAUGCGGAUGUGCUAUACGAUCUCAAGCAGAUCCUCAUGAAGAGUGAGAUAAGUAAGGUACCUGAAGACCUGAAGAAGCACGAGUCGGCGCAGCAAAAGGGCAAGAAGAGCAUGGGCAAAAACAUCACUUGA